AUGAAGGAGCAGGGGAGGAGACUGGAGGAGAAGUUGGAGGAUAUAAGAAGGGAGUAUAAAGAACAGGCAAAGGAAGGGAGAGAGGAGAGGCUAGGUUUAAGAAAAGAGAUAGAUAGAAUUGAGAAAAGAGUGGAGGGACUGGAGGAGGAAAAAGGAAAGGAAAGAACAAUAGAAGGGGAGGAGAGGAAUGCGGAGAAUGAGGAUAUGAAAAGAAGGAUAAAAGAGUUAUACAGAAGAGAAUCUAAUCAGAUGUCCAGAGCUGAAAUAGAAAAGGAAAAUAUUACAGAGAAAUAUGAUAAUUGUUCAGAAAACAAUAAUAUAUCUGGAACAUCAAAUACAAACACUUUGAAAGUACAGCAAAAACAUCUACAGAAAGAUGUAAACAUGCGCAGAUAUGAUACAAGUUCUCGUACAACUUCAGACAAAUGGACGAAGAAUGCGGACUCCUGCGUAUGUUGUCCCAUACAUAAUAAUAGUAAUG